GGCUCGUUGACCACGCGCGGGCCUGCGAUCCACGGCUCUCUCUUCGACCAACAGCAUCCUCCCCAUCGCUCCCUCACACCCCUUGCUACCGCUGCUUGCCGCUUCCUACGCUCUCCGUAAUCUGCGCCGACUUCAGAUACUCCACCGCCAUCCUCUCCUCCCCGCCCGCCCCAACGCUCAUCAUGGCAGCCCGAAUGCAGCCAGGCAGACCCGGCGCAGGCUCGCGCUUUGCACAGUUCAAGCUGGUGCUGCUAGGAGAAUCUGCCGUUGGCAAGAGUUCGCUAGUCUUGCGGUUCGUAAAGGACCAAUUCGACGACUACAGAGAGUCCACCAUUGGCGCUGCCUUCCUCACGCAGACCAUCACCCUAGACGAGUCCACCACCGUGAAGUUCGAAAUAUGGGACACAGCAGGCCAAGAACGCUACAAGUCUCUUGCCCCAAUGUACUAUCGAAAUGCUAACUGCGCCGUUGUCGUCUACGACAUCACACAAGCGGCCUCCCUCGACAAAGCAAAAGCUUGGGUAAAAGAACUCCAGCGCCAAGCGAAUGAGAAUAUCAUUAUUGCUCUCGCUGGCAAUAAACUUGACCUCGUGAACGAGAACCCGGACAAACGUGCCAUACCCACCGCAGACGCUGAGCAGUACGCCAAGGAGGCUGGACUGCUUUUUUUCGAGACGUCGGCCAAGACGGCAGAAAAUGUAAAAGAGCUCUUCACCGCGAUAGCAAAGAAGCUACCACUGGAUCAGGCUGGACCGCGAAGCAUGAGACAGGCCGUCAAUCGACAGGGUGUGGAUUUGAGACCAGAGGCGCACGGCACGCAGAAGGGAGAGGGUUGCCAGUGCUAAGCUAGGCACCAGCAAGAGAAAAGAGGCGGAUUUAAGAAUAUGCUGUGUUCGUUUGGGCUAGGCUCAAACGUAGCAGCUUGAUCCUGACCAGGCGCUCUGUGUCUUCGGGUCUAGAUGGGGAGCCAAGACGAUAUGGGAGUGGAGCGGUGCAAGUGCUGACUUGAUUCUACAAUGUGACAAUACGACAUGGGCUUUUUCUUUAUCGGCUGCUUGCGGUGUUGGGCGGGCAGGUAGCGGAGUUUCGACCGUAAGAGUUCUAAUUUACUUCACAUCACCUGCUUUGUAUUUAGGGUUUGCGUUACUUUUAUGGAGGUGACCUAUCCGUCUGCACAUCAACAUUCGUGCCGACGAAGAAUGACGCGUGUUUAGAAUGAGCCUAAUCGGUCGUCUGCUCGCUUUUCAACAGGCGCAAAGCAGUUGGGCUCCUGCUUUCAACAGCGCGUAUCAUCGCGCCCGCAUGGCUCGCGAGGAACGCUAUAUUCAGCGGCGCAAUGACAAUGACAACGAUAGCAAAGAUAUAGCAGGAGAAGCCUUUCAGCUGGUCACGCGAGAGCGGAAUGCUCAAUCAGCACCUCGUCUUUUAUCAUGAUAAUAUGCAGGUCCAUCGAAAAUGCAGAGUUUCGUUUCCUCAUGACGCCUACCAAAGCUGAGAUG